CGCUCCUUACGUGGGGGACGUGCAGGGAGCAGCCUUCUUUCCGGCUGGCGCGGGAGGGAGCGGCCGUCACUCUCCCGCUCUGGCUGGGAAGCACCAGCCUAGAGCUGCAGAGGCGCCGUGCAGCCAAUGGGGACUGAGGAAGUGGGCCGGCUGGCGGCUGUCACCCUCCCCGGGACGGGAGCUCGGAGGUCUGGAGCGCGCAGGCUGAUGCCCCGCCCGGAGACUGAGGGGAGGAGCCAAGGGAGGAGGAGGAGGAGUCGCCGAUCCAGCACAGGAGGACCACUGCUCACCAGGGCUACCGAGGAGCCGCUGGCCCCACACCUGCUUCCCCGCAUCCCAGACCGCCAGCAUGAUCGCUGCGCAGCUCUUGGCUUAUUACUUCACCGAGCUGAAGGAUGACCAAGUCAAAAAGAUUGAUAAGUAUCUGUAUGCCAUGCGGCUCUCUGAUGAAGUUCUGAUUGAUAUCCUGACACGCUUCAAGAAAGAAAUGAAGAAUGGCCUUUCCCGGGAUUAUAAUCCAACAGCCUCGGUCAAGAUGUUGCCAACCUUUGUGCGGUCCAUUCCUGAUGGCUCAGAAAAGGGGGAUUUCAUUGCCCUGGAUCUCGGAGGCUCUUCCUUUCGAAUCCUGCGGGUGCAGGUGAAUCAUGAGAAGAACCAGAAUGUCUACAUGGAGUCUGAGGUUUAUGACACUCCAGAGAACAUCGUUCACGGCAGUGGAAGCCAGCUUUUCGAUCAUGUUGCUGAAUGCCUGGGAGACUUCAUGGAAAAAAGGAAGAUCAAGGACAAGAAAUUACCCGUGGGAUUCACGUUUUCUUUCCCCUGCCGGCAAUCCAAAAUAGACGAGGCUAUACUGAUCACAUGGACAAAGCGGUUCAAAGCCAGUGGUGUGGAAGGGUCGGAUGUGGUCAAGCUGCUGGAUAAAGCCAUUAAGAAGCGAGGGGACUACGACGCUAACAUCGUCGCUGUGGUGAAUGACACAGUGGGGACCAUGAUGACCUGUGGUUACGACGACCAGCAGUGUGAAGUUGGCCUGAUCAUCGGCACGGGCACCAACGCGUGCUACAUGGAGGAGCUGAGGCACAUUGACCUGGUGGAAGGUGAUGAGGGCCGGAUGUGCAUCAACACCGAGUGGGGGGCCUUCGGGGACGACGGGUCCCUGGAGGACAUCCGCACAGAGUUCGACAGGGAGCUGGACCGGGGGUCCCUCAACCCCGGGAAGCAACUGUUCGAGAAGAUGGUGAGCGGCAUGUACAUGGGGGAGCUGGUCCGGCUGAUCCUGGUGAAGAUGGCCAAGGAAGGCCUCCUGUUUGAAGGGCGCAUCACUCCAGAACUGCUCACGAGGGGCAAGUUUAACACGAGUGACGUGUCCGCCAUUGAAAAGAAUAAGGAGGGUGUUCAGAAUGCCAAGGAGAUCUUAACCCGCCUGGGAGUGGAGCCGUCUGACGACGACUGUGUGUCGGUCCAGCACGUGUGCACCAUUGUCUCCUUCCGGUCAGCCAACCUGGUGGCUGCCACGCUCGGUGCCAUCCUGAACCGCCUGCGAGACAACAAGAGCACGCCCAGGCUGCGAACCACAGUUGGUGUGGACGGCUCUCUCUACAAGUCACACCCACAGUAUUCCCGGCGAUUCCACAAGACCCUGAGGCGCCUGGUGCCCGACUCCGAUGUGCGUUUCCUCCUUUCAGAGAGCGGCAGUGGCAAGGGGGCUGCCAUGGUGACCGCUGUAGCCUACCGCCUGGCUGAGCAGCACAGGCAGAUUGAGGAGACCCUGUCCAACUUCCGCCUCAGCAAGGAGACACUGCUGGAGGUGAAGAGGAGGCUGCGGGCUGAGAUGGAAUUUGGGCUGAAGAAGGAGACGAACCCUAAGGCUACCGUCAAGAUGCUGCCUUCCUUCGUCCGGAGCAUCCCGGACGGGACUGAGAAUGGUGACUUCUUGGCCUUGGAUCUUGGAGGAACGAAUUUCCGAGUCCUACUGGUAAAGGUCCGUAGUGGAAAAAAGAGAACAGUGGAAAUGCACAACAAGAUCUACUCCAUUCCUAUAGAGAUCAUGCAAGGCACUGGGGAAGAGUUGUUUGACCACAUCGUCUCCUGCAUCUCCGACUUCCUGGACUACAUGGGGAUCAAAGGCCCCCGGAUGCCUCUGGGCUUCACCUUCUCAUUUCCCUGCAAUCAGACGAGCCUGGAUUGUGGAAUCUUGAUCUCGUGGACAAAGGGUUUCAAGGCCAGUGACUGCGAGGGACAUGAUGUAGCCACCUUACUGAGGGAGGCGGUGAAAAGAAGAGAUGAAUUUGACCUGGAUGUGGUGGCUGUGGUCAACGACACUGUGGGUACCAUGAUGACCUGUGCCUAUGAGGAACCCACUUGUGAGGUGGGACUCAUCGUGGGGACCGGCAGCAACGCCUGCUACAUGGAGGAGAUGAGGAACGUGGAGAUGCUGGAGGGGAACCAGGGGCAGAUGUGCAUCAACAUGGAGUGGGGCGCCUUUGGUGACAACGGCUGCCUGGAUGACAUCAGGACGGACUUUGAUAACAUAGUGGACGAAUACUCCCUAAACGCUGGGAAACAAAAGUUUGAGAAGAUGAUCAGUGGGAUGUACCUAGGUGAGAUAGUCCGUAACAUCCUGAUCGACUUCACCAAGAAAGGGUUCCUCUUCCGGGGACAGAUCUCUGAGCCACUCAAGACUCGAGGCAUCUUUGAGACCAAGUUUCUCUCUCAGAUUGAGAGUGACCGGUUAGCACUGCUCCAGGUGCGGACCAUCCUUCAGCAGCUGGGCAUAAACAGUACGUGUGACGACAGUAUCCUGGUGAAGACCGUGUGUGGAGUGGUGUCCAAGAGGGCAGCCCAGCUGUGCGGCGCGGGCAUGGCCGCCGUGGUGGAGAAGAUUAGAGAGAACAGAGGCCUAGACCAUCUGAAUGUGACCGUGGGAGUGGAUGGGACACUCUACAAACUUCAUCCACACUUCUCCAGAAUCAUGCACCAAACUGUGAAGGAACUGUCACCAAAGUGUACCGUGUCCUUCCUCCUGUCUGAAGAUGGCAGCGGCAAGGGCGCCGCCCUCAUCACAGCUGUGGGCGUGCGGCUCAGAGAUGCUCCAAAUGCCUAAAGAGCCAGGGUCCUCCCAGCCCCCAAGCCCGCCACCCUUCCAGCACUCCUCUCUAGAACCAAAUGACCCCCUGUUCCAUCCGACAAGCCCCGCUGGGAGACGCCAGUGCCGGAGCCACUAUGCCGCAGAGGGAGGAAGGGGACGCAGUAACAGAGCAUAAUAGAGAAUACCGCACAGAGCGCGUGCUGUUGAUCUCUCAGCUGGACCCUUCAGCCCCACCCUGCCACUCUGCAUGAUUCAAGUUCGACCUGGCCAUGCAUUGCCCGUGUGUGAAUGUAGCGGCACCCAUGUCUACUGCAGGCGUCUAGUCAAGAAAGAGUCCCCUCUUGGACCCGCCUUCUGGGCCUUCCAAGCUUGUCCUUGGAGUCACCUCUCCCCCGUGUGAAGUUUUUUCUCACCAGCAGACACUGCCGGACUCCUGCCCACAGGGGCAUGGCCUGGAGGGCGAGUGUGGACAUGGCACUGCUGUUUCCUUCCUCUCCCAGCACCCUCUGCAGCCUGCCACCCCGUCUGGAUGUAUUGAUGCCGCUGAAUUGUGUGUCUGUGGAACCAGUCCUAGCCACGUUUUGACAGUGUCUUGCAUUUCGUUUGUCUCGUGGUGGUGGCGGUGGGGGGCAGGUAGAUGGGCAGUCCUGUGGGAAGACAUCUUGUCUCCAUCUUGAUAGAAGAAACCAACCCAUGAAACAACGCCAUCACCAGAAUCUCCCAUCGCUUUAGUGAGCCUUGUUGUAUGACUAGUAAACUUUGUAACUGAUUCAAAA